AUGUCACCCUAUCUUCAGGUCAGCUGAGUCAUCUGGCUCAACAAGUUCAUUCAGUUCAAACCCAAGUGGCGUUCUUUGCAGGAUUAGAAUACAAUAUUGUGGAAAAACCUAAGGAGCCGAACCCACGCGUGAUUAUGAAUCGAGUGAUAACAAAUGUGGGUCGGGCGUAUGAUGCUACGACCGGAGAGUUUACCGCACCAGUUGAUGGGAUUUACAUCCUUGCGGUAGCUGUUUCAGCCCAAGGCAAAUCUCGGAGCUCUCGGUCUUUUCUUAGACUCUUCACUAUUUGGCAUUUGAGGGAUUUGCGUGCGCCGUCGUACUCGUUGUCUGCUGGUAUGGCUUUCCUGGCAUCAAUCAUGGGUAACGACCUCGACGACAUCCAGUGGUCCUGUGGGCGGAUUGGAGAAAUCGGACAGACAGCACUGAACGCCGCUAGCAUAGCUCCUUUCACAUUUUGCCACGCUUCAUCCACAUGCUCACUGUUACUACAUGGAUUGGCAUGCUUCUUGCCGACUUGCAAUGGCCUGAGGGGGAGCGAACUGUCAAGCGUGCGCGUACCACGGCGUGAUCGGAAUCAAGUGGUGUGCCCCAGAAAGAACGCCAGUCUUGAAUCGUGGCUCUCCACCGGUGGCU